AUGACUAAAGGCAAGCUGUUGACGACACCCUCGAGACUUCUGAAACUUGUGCUUCCUUUGUCCACCGUCGACCACAACACGGAUCGGAAAGAUGUGGCUCCUCUUGCGCUCUUGGUACACCCCCAACAACCGCUCUCCUAUCUAGAGCGAUUAAUCCAGGCCGAGCUGCCACCUCCAGAUCCUCAAGAUUCCAAGAGCACAACAAGAAGCGUGACCUUUCGAGCGAUGGAAGCGAAAGACGAUGAGAUCAAGCCGAGGAAAAAGGCAGAUACCGAGGGUGGUGGUGGCAGUGAUGGCAGCGUUCAGAGCUACAGCGGCGCCGGACGGGAAGGCGAAGGUAAAGAUGAGGGAGAGUUCGUUCGAUGGUCACCGUCAACGGAAAUAGGAGACUUCAUACGCGAUGCAGCACGCGCAAAGGAAUUCGAGGUUGAAAUCGAAGGCAGCCCCGGAGUGAUCAAAGUUGCUGUUCCCUCCUUCAACGACCGUACCUAUUAUCUACGACAGCGACUCCGCCGGACAUCCAGGAAGAUCUCCAAAUUGGCCGCCAUCAAGGAGGAAUGUGACAAGGCAGCGCACAGGGGAGCUCAGCGAAUUGCACUCGCUGGAUGUGGUGGUUUGAUUGGAUAUUGGUAUAUUGUCUACCGCUUGACGUUCGAGACUGAUCUUGGAUGGGAUGUCAUGGAGCCGGUCACAUACUUGGUGGGGUUGUCGACCUUAAUUGGAGGCUACAUGUGGUUUCUAUGGCACAAUCGGGAAGUCUCCUACCGUUCAGCUCUCAAUAUUACCGUGAGUGCACGCCAGAAUAAGCUAUACCAGGCCAAAGGAUUCAGCCUGCAGGAUUGGGAGGGAUAUCUCGAAGAAGCCAAUGCCAUGCGAAGAGAGAUCAAGGCUGUGGCUUCCGAGUACGAUGUGGAUUGGAACGAAACCCAAGAUGAAGGCGGAGACGAAAAGGUUACAAAGGCUCUGCGUGACGAGCGAAAGAACAACAACGGAACCAAGAACAAGAGCAAAGAAGGCGAAGAGGAUGAUGAAGAUGAUUAA